CGCGACGCGAUUUCCACACGCUCUCAGUCCACUACCGUACGCGCCCGUGUCAGUGCUUGCACGGUCUCUGGUCGCUACACGGUCUUCGAACUUCACGGCGCCGUCUGAUAACAAUCGGGAAAAUCCGUUCAGGACAACGACACUGCCGCCACCUCCAUUGCCCGGGCCAAAGACGUUUUCUUUCUUACCUCGCCUCCCCCCUCCCCUGGCCCAUCCCUCUGCUCGGUUCGUGUCCAUCCUCACCGUAUUGUUCUGCACACUCAGCCGUGUGUGUUGACGUUAACGCCGCGAAACAACAAUACACCGAGAGUAUCUCGUUCGCGGGUGAAUUUUUUUCUCUAUCGACAAACCGUGGCGUAGAAAAACCUUCUCGAGUCUUUUUUUCCCUGCCUACCAACCCCGCUACCGUGUACCGCGACGAAUGAUUUCCGCCGUUUUCCGCACCGGCCGGGUUUCGUCGUAGUCGUCGACGCCGCCGCCGCCGCAGCAGCAGCAGCAGCAACCGACCGAUGAUACCGCCACAGCGGCGACAACAGUUUCCGUAGCUGGUCCGGUCCUUGUGCGCGCAGGUAGCCCCCGCCGCCGUCAGUGGUGUCACCGAGAGGAAGACAUCGAUCCCGGCGAAAUGGCCAAGACUCCAGGAGAAAGCAAGAUACCUGUGCUGCAUUCAAACCAACUGAGAUCUCGAUUUUCUAAUAUUUCAAAUAAAGUUCGUUCGCAUCUGGAUAGUUCCUAUCGAACUUCAUCGCCGUCUAUGUUAUUUGGACUUUUCAACAAUUCCAGUUCUGAAAAUAAAGUACAUCCACCUACACGUCCUUCUUCACUUUUCAAACCUACAAAUGGCACUUUAGUGACUGAAAAAGACAUUGGUAGUUCUGUUGAAUUGACUCGGCAUUCAAAAACCGGAAUUCUUAAAUACUUUGGUAAAACUGUAUUGGGUCCUGGUGAUUGGUGUGGAGUAGAAGUUGAAAGUGGACAUGGAGUUUGUGAUGGAUCUAUAUGUGGAGUAAGAUAUUUUUCUUGUCAAGAUCAGUGUGCCUUAUUUGUUUUAGCACAUUUGGUGCGUGUAUCUAAGUGUCAAAAUAUUGUGAAAAAUAAAGUUGAUGUUGAACCAAUGUAUGACGAUGGCUGUCCAACCUCUUUAUCAAAUUGGGAUUUAAAUACUAUUAAAACAGAAUCUCCAUUUGAAUGCACUGAUAGUCUUGGUAUAUUGACACCAGAUCAAAUGGUUGAAUUUAGAGGUGAUGAAGCAAAUUAUGAAGUUCCUGGUCUUCUAUUUAAAAUGUCUCCUCAGCAAAUUACAGAAUGUAUUUCCGAUGGAGAUGUUACAAUGAAUGAUUUAGAAACAAUAUCUAUGCCUAAAGAUGAUGAUUUAGUUUCCCCAGUUUUAUCUUCUGACCCUUCAAAUCAUACAGUGUCUGAACAUGAUAGUGCAAGUGCUUAUCCAAAACGCUCAACUGUUUCUUUUGGAAAUGUUUUCUAUGAUAAUUUUAUAAUUGAUCGUACGCCAUCAUUAGAAGAUUUGCCUAUGGAUGAUUUAUCAUCUAAAACAACGACUGAGGUAUCAGUACCUAGUAUUGCUCCUAUAAAUACUGUUGUUACAAGUAUAACUAGUGUUGGAAGUCUUGAUACUGGUUAUCAAGGAGAUGGUGAAACCAGUCGUCCUACUAGUCGAGGAGCUACUGUUAAAAGACUUGGACCAACUGAACCGAUGACAGAUUCAGACUUCUUUACAGAAAGUGAAGCAGAAGAUCAUUGUCAUCGCAAAGCAAGAGUUAUUGAUGGUACACUAUAUUCAGGGGAUGGUAAUAACAUUAAACCUGGAACUCAAUCAGAUAAUCAAAACAAUGUAGCCCAAAACGUUGAAGAAAUGGACUCAAGCGGAAUUUAUUCUGAUUUCGACAGAAUAUUUGAAGAACCACCUAUGCAUAAAGAUAGUUCUGAAGCAGUUUCUUCAAAUAAUUCCACAUCUCCUUCAUCUGUUAAUAGCCAACGAAUUCGUCCAGCUACAAUAGAUGAACCUACCGAUUCGACUAUACCCGAAUGUGCUGAAGAUGCAUCAAGUCCUGCUAGUAAGCGUUACAAAAGACCUACACCUGUAAAACCAAAAAACUUAGACUUACGGUCUGAUCAGGAAAAUCGAACGCCAAGAUCAAGAAAACCAGCUGGCCGUUGGGAUGCUGUUAUGAAUAAGAUAGAAAAAAGUAAAACUGAUCAAAAAAGUCGUGUCAAUCGAUUAAAGGAUGUCAAAAGCAAGAUAAAUUCUAUAAAUCCAUUAGUAACAGUGUAUGCUAACAGAUUAAAAGAAUCUCCUACAAAUAGUGAACCAUUACCUGUCAGAUCUCAUAGAGAAAAUACUUCUUUGAAAGCCAAAAGCCGUAGGACUAGAGCUCGUGGUGGAUCUGAAUCAAAUUUACCAAUGUCUGACCAAAAAACAAAUACUCCUCGACCAAGAUGUAUUCCUAAGAGUUCUCAAAAUAGUUCCAGAGAUAGUUCAUUUAGUGACCUUAGUGGAGAUACUAAAAUGACACUUAAGCAAGCAGCUUCUCAUCCUUCUCUUAUUAAUAAAAAUUUUAAUUUGCGCACGCCAACAAUAAACGUGGUUGCACCUUCAGUUCGUAAACCUUUGACUACUGCCUUAAAAGGAACCUCUCAAAAUCGAAGAUAUAAUUCAGAUCAUAAUCUAGUAACGAAACCUGAUGGGAAAACACAAGGCCCACAAGCCGGUAAGACGACAGCGACUACAUCAAAAGUCAUCAAAACUAUCAAAAAAGAUGAUGUGGUCGACCGGGAAACGUUACAAUUGGUCGAAACCCAACUGCACCACGUCACCAAGGGCUUCGACGCGGUGUCCGUGCUCUUCCAGUAUCUCGUUGACGACAUGGAUGCUCUGUCUACUACUAGGCUAAAAGAACAAUUGGACGCCAACCACCAUAACUUGCUAUCAACUAAAUGUUCACUGGAUGAAUCUCAAGCAAAAUGUAUUCAAUAUCAAGAAGAAAUUAAUCAACUUAGAAAGGAAAUUGAUAAAUAUCAUAUUGAUUUAGAAAUAAAAGAAAAACUUGUUAAUGAAAUUACUUCCCUGAAAGAAACUGAAAUAUACGGAUUAGAAAAAAAAUUGGAGGAACAAGCUAAUAGCUUGAAACAACAGUUUAAUGAUGAACUCAACAAACAUAAAAAUGAAUCUGAAGAGGAAAAAAUGAAACUAAUACUUUCUCAUGACCAAAAAAUAGUUGAGUUACAACAAAUUAACAAACUUGAAGUUUCUCAUAUCCAAAAAUUAGCUACUGAAAAAGAGAUUGAACUCGCACAAAAAAUUUUAGUAUUGGAAAAUGAACACAAUCUAUUAAUGUCUGAAAGAGAUAUAUUGAAAGAAGAAAAUCAACGGUUGGUUGAGGAUAAAAAAUUGCAGAAUACAAGUCUAGGUUACCAAAAACUUUUUAAUGAAGCAGAAUCAUUGAGAACUGUGUUAGAAUUGAAGAGUUCUGAAAUGCAAGAUCUUCGUAAACAAAAUGAAAGACUACAGAGAGAAGUAGAAGAUUUACCAGCAAUUGUGCAAAGAUUAGAAGCAGCUCAAUCUCGAGUAGAAGAUUUAAAUGUGCAACUGCAAAGAAAAUCAGAAAUUGAAAUGCAACUUAGCCAAGAAAAAGAUAAAAUGGCUAGAGAAAUUGAUUUAGAAAAAGAAAAAAAGAAACGGUUAUCUUGUCAUAAUGAAGAACUACAGUGGAAGCUAAAAAAGAGUACAGAAGUAGCCAAUCAUUUAGCUGUAUCUACAAAAAGAUUGAGCCAAACUCCACAAGACCUAGCAGCCAUGAAAGAAGCUCAAAACAAUUAUCAAAAACUUUGCAGAGAAAGUUCAAAUUCUGAAAAUAGUGGUGAUGAAGAUACUAUGACUAGUCAGUUGGAAAUAGAUUUGGAAGGGCCAGCAAGGAUACUUGGUGUCAUGAAGAAAAAUGAUUCACUCUCAUAUGUUUUUGAGGUUGAAGAAGAACCAUCAGAGAUAGCAACACGGUUAGUACGCCGCGCUAGUAGUCUGCGUUCUGUUGGGAAAUCUCGUACACGCACUCGUGAUUCAAUUGGUGAAAAGCGUUCUAGAGCCAGUUCUCAAUCUAGUUCUACAAAAUCGGUUGAAUUGGAAUCCGCCCUUACUAGAAAUUUGGAUGAAUUGUUUGUUCCAAACCCUGAAGAUCGGUAUUUAAGUGAUUGUUUUACAUGCAGUUCGGAUUCAUCAAACUCUUCACCAGAACACAUGAUUUAUGAUCAAAAUCGUACUGCGUCUUACAUAGUGACUCAACAGACUGGUAAAAAGACUAAAAGUGAUGGGCUAGCCAUUUAAAAUCUAUGCACAAUAAAUAUUUUUCAGACUCCUUUUAAUAGAUUGUGCCAAAAAUUGUAUAAUUAUAUAUUAAAUGUAAAUCA